CCACUUGUGAACAGGUUCCUGUUUUGACCAUGGGGUUUCUUACCCAGGUCCUCAAAGAUACUCGUGUCUGGAGCAGGAGGGAGUCCAAAGAGCCCCCUUCUUUGAGCUCACCCUCUGCUGAACUCCAAACUCGGGGCAUGGGAGAAAAGCGGAGAGGCACGGGACAGCCUGUGGAACAGAAGUCAGUAGCCAGCAAUGAGCCAUCAGUAUCUCCUGGGCACUUUGCAAGAAAUAAACACGCCCGGAGAGCCUCCUGGAAAUUCUUAUUUGAAACAUUCACGGACCCUACUCUUCCUCCAGAGAGAUACCAGGGAGAAAAGGGAACCGCCAGUUUAUUCCUGAAAGCCAGGCCCCAGGACCUGAUGACAUUUGAGGAUGUGGCUGUGGAAUUCACCCAGUGGGAGUGGGGGCAGCUGGACCCUGCUCAGAAGGACCUGUACCGAGAGGUGAUGCUGGAGAACUUCAAGAACCUGGCCUCUGUGGGGUUUCCAGUGUCCAAACCGUAUAUGAUCUGCCAGUUGGAGGAAGGGGAAGAGCCAUGCAUAUCAGAGAGAGAGAUCUCAACAGGUGACCACUCAGACUGGGAGAGAAGGCCUAAAGCCAAGGAAUCAAUACUACGUCAGGGAAUUUCCAAAGAAGAAUUAUUCCAGGUACCACCAGUGGAAAAACACAUUAGAGAUGAACUCUGGUCCUCCAAACUGAAAGCAGCCUGUGGUUGUGAUGAGCAGUUAGAGAUGCAUCCAAAAAAACAGGAACAGCAUCUGAAAGAAACGUCACUCAUUCACAAAUCUACCACCCUUAGGAGAGAUCAUGAAUGGAGUGAAUUUGGGAGAAGUUUAGGCUUAAGAUCAGUCUUUGUUAACCAACAAGGUGUUCCCACAGGAGAAGGAUCCUAUAAAUGUGAUACAGAAUUCAGACAGACUUCAGGGAGAAAUAACUCUCAGAGAACCCAUCCAGGGAAGAAAUCUUGUAAAUGUAACGAAUGUGGGAAGUCCUUCCACUUCCAGUCAGAACUUAGGCGCCAUCAGAGAUGUCACACUGGAGAAAAGCCCUAUGAAUGCAGUGAAUGUGGGAGAGCCUUUGGCCAUAUUUCAUCCCUUAUUAAACAUCAGAGGACUCACACUGGAGAAAAGCCCUAUGAAUGCAGUGAAUGUGGGAGAGCCUUCAGCCAGAGUUCAUCUCUUGUUCUACAUUAUAGAUUUCAUACUGGGGAGAAACCUUACAAAUGUAACGAAUGUGGAAGAGCCUUUGGUCAUACUUCAUCCCUUAUUAAACAUCAGAGAACUCAUACUGGAGAAAAGCCCUAUGAAUGCAGGGAAUGUGGGAGAACCUUCAGCCAGAGUUCAUCUCUCAUCGUACAUUAUAGAUUUCAUACUGGAGAGAAACCCUACAAAUGUAAUAAAUGUGGGAGGGCCUUCAGCCAGAGUUCAUCUCUCACUCAACAUUAUAGAUUUCAUACUGGAGAGAAACCCUACAAAUGUAACGAAUGUGGAAGAGCUUUUGCUCAUACUGCAUCCCUUAUUAAACAUCAGAAAAGUCAUGCUGGGAAAAAACCCCUAUGAAUUCAGCAACUGUAGGAAGGCUAGAGUACAUACCCCACAAAACCUGAGAGAAUAUAUGUUAGAGAGAAAUCCUCUAAGUGUCAUGUGUGUGGGAAGACACAUCUUGUGUGUUGGAGGACACAUCUUGUUUGACAUCAGACAGGACACACUAAAGAGAAGCUCUAUUGGUAUCAAGAGAAGGUGGGCUUUUGGUCUCUCCUCCUCCCUAUCAAACACCAGAGAAUGCAUACUAGUGAGAAACCAUGUGAAUGUAAUGAAUUUGGAAAGGUUUGGUCAGAGGACACACAUUUUUCAACAUCAGACAGUUUACACUGGGGAGGAGCCUUAUCAGUGUAAUGAGUAUGGUACAGCCUUCAGUCACAUGUUGUUCCUAAAAAAAAAAUCAGAUAACUCAUACUGGAGAGAAACUCUGCAAGUGUGGUAAAAGCCGUCAGUAAUACUUCCUUUUCUAAGCCUCAAGAACACACACAAGAGAAGCCCUAUGAAAGCAGUAAAUGAAGGCCUUCAGUCAGAGCUCAUCCUUAUUAAGCAACAGAGAAUUCAUUCUUGAGAAAAACCCUAUGGAUAUGGUGAAUGUGGGAGAGCCUUCAGCCAAACCUCUUCCCUUUAUAAGUAUCAGCGAACUUGCCCUACUAAUUAGAAUCCCAGGGAAUGUAAUGCACGUGGGAAAGCCUUUGGUGGAUGUCUGCCCUUUUUGCACAUCAGAGAAUUUAUACUAGGCUGACUCUUUGAAUUUAGUGAAACUUAGAAAACCCACUGGUAUGAUAGUUCAGGCCUCAGCAUACAUUAAGGCUUCACUCAUAAGAGAACCCCUGGGAGCUUAAUGAACAUGAGGAAAGUUCCUUCAGACUGGCCGUUCAUGAAACUAGAGCUGAAAGGAAGCUCAGGAGUUGCCCAGUCUGGUGAUUUUCUACCUGUUGGGGACUGUUUUUCUUACCGUGCUGUGCUCUGCCUCCCCAUCCUGUUACUGAUGGGAGCAGGGGUGUUAUUGUGUGGGUGAGGACAAUGGAGGCUGAGGAAGAAAGAGAGCCACCAGUGAUCUGGCCUAACCAUAUUUUAGAGCUAAGGAAACUGAUCUUCAGAAAGUGCUGUGCCCUGGCCUACACACCCACCUGGGCUGGGCCUCUUCCUCCUGUUCACAGCUGUAGUUGGGGGAUUGAGAGACUGCAGGCCUUCCCUGUACAAAAGUUCCGGGCACUUGUUCCCUGUAACACAUGUUACCUUUCUUUAAGAGGCAACGGAGUGGGAUUUCAAAGUUUGAGCAAGAAGCAGUUUUUAUUAGAUCUUUAUGCUACUGGAUUUGGAGUUUUUGAAAUAAAAUGACAACUUUUUUAAACAUCAAAGUAACUAAAAUAUGGGUAUUAUUAAAAAAAAAAUCAAAACCUCAAAAACAUUAUUCUAAGUGAGGGUAGCCAGAUGCCAGGGACCACAUAUUAUAGAGUUCCAUUUAUAUGAAAUGUCCAGAAAAGGCAAAUCUUCAGAGACAGUACAUUAGUGGUUCCUGAGACUGCGAGUGACUGCACGUGUUCAAAGGAAUCUUAUUGGGGUGGUGGAAAUGUCCUAAAAUAGGAUUAUGGUGAUGGUUGAACAAUUUGGUAAAUAUGCUAAAAAUCAUUGAAUUGUGCAUAUAAAAUGGGAUGAUUUUUAUGGUAUGUAAAUAUACCUCAAUAAAAUUGUUUUUUAAAAAGUCAAAUAUGCAGAUAGGCCAACGAUUGCUAAAUUAAUUUUCCUAUCUCAUCUAUAACUUCAAGCCAUCUCGUGUCUUUGGUAUCACUUUUUAUUUUCUGUAAUAGUUACUCCUAAGCUUACUGAGUCUCAAGUUCAUAUGUUGCCUCUGCAACUUACCUAGAGAAGUUAAGACCAGGAGCUAGUAUAGACCAGAGGAGUCUUGACUAAAAAGAAUUAACUUGUACUUGGCCAAGGCAGAGGGGGGAAGGCAGGUAGGAUGCACAGGAAGCAUCUGGACAGCUGAGAUCAGGAUGCUAGUCUAGAAGCCUAAAAAUCCUAUAGGAGUUUCUUCCCAGAGAGCUGAGGUUCACAGGAGCAGAAAUAGCAAAUAUUUUACAUUAGUAAUAGUUUGCUCUCUCUCACCUUCUUUUUUCCCAGUGCUCUUCUCUAACCCCCAUCCAAGUCAUGUUACAUACCUGGAUGCCUGCAACAACUUGUAGCUAGUCUUUGCCUAAAAUCUGUCCCAUGUGUGUCUCUGCUGUGUUAACCAUUCUCAUCAGUGCGCACCCAUUGCCCUGCUCUGAAAACCUUUCUACUGCCUACAGGAUAAAUCCUCACUCCUCGGUUUGGCAUUUAAUGCCCCCUGCAGUCUGCCCUAACCUCCUGCUGCUCCUGACAAGAACCUCUAUUUCAGUCAGACUAGCUCACCUUCCCUGCCUCAGCCGUGCCUCCACACUUGCUGGCCUGUAAACACUUGCCUAAGCUCUUCCACGAGUCUAGAGUGCCCUCUCCCCUUAUCUAAAGCCUAAUAAUCAGUCAGAACCCUGUUCACAGUACCCUUCCUCAGGGAAGAGUUGUCUUGAACACUGAGGUGAAGUCAUAUCUUACUUGUUUGCAAUUGUAAAAGCAUUUGUUGUUUGCAUAAGUUUUUAAAAAUGAAAGAUAUCUGCACUUGGGAUAGUUCUUAUCACCGUCUUGCUCCAUUUAAAUCAUGGGUGGUUUAUCAUCUUGCCACUUUCUUGUCUCCUGAAUCAGAUUAGCUGCUUCAAGUCAUUUCUCACACUUCCUCUCAGAAAUGAGCACACAGUAAGUGCUUACUAAAUGUGUUAAUUUGAAAAACAACUUGUAUUGCUCAGGUUUUCUGAGUGCUUCCAGUUGGCUUCACACUUUCAUAGUAGAUUAAAAGCUUUCCUUCUAGAA